UUUAUCGACGUGAGAGAGUUAGCAUCGUGGCGGUCUCCAUCCGCGCUUGUAAACACUGUGGAACACACACACAACGAUGGCCAAGCGGCAGCGCGCAGUGAUACGAACGGAGAGAAAAUGAAGCCAAGCAAUUGAGAGGACUGACUUUUCUUUUGGGAAGCGGUUUUGUGAUGCAAAGGUUUUACUCUAUGAACGUGCAUCUGGCCUGCUUCGCACUGCCGGCGCCGGGGCUCGAACACACGACCUUCGCAAUGGGAGGUUAGAGCCCUGACCACGCGGCCAAAAGCCUGAACUGUCGACUGCGCGUUCAGCGCAGCUCUCAAGGCAGAGGGAGUGAGGCUUACCAACGUACACGGGCUGGCAUCCGUUACAAACGCAUCUUGUUUUGAGAAGCAAAACGCUUAACUUAAGACACCCCAGCAACUAGCCGGAACUACUUUCCUCCACAUUGAAAACCAACCAGAACUUGGCUCACGGGACGAAGCGGGGGAAAAGUCACUGUUGGUGCACUACACUGCUGAUGGGGAUGUCAUAGAUCCCUUUAACAUGUAAAUAGACCAUUUUUUGCUACACUUUUUACAGUUCUUGCCCCCUGCUGAGCAGUUUCAGCGUUGCGCAUAAGCAGGAUUUUUUUCAUUGAUCACUUAAUUGUCAUAAAUCCAUUGAAAAAAUCACCAUAUAUACUGAUGUCAAGAUUACUUGAGUGCAGAACUCUGCUUGGUAGUUGUUGCAUAACAAAGUAAGGGGUGUCACCGUCGACUUCCCUUCACGUCUUUUGUGUGUAAACCACUCUGACCAGUCUAUGUAAAGUGCUUAUCUGGUACAUUUACAUAUGAAGACAAACUCCACCCAUGCGGGCUAAAGGUGCAUGCCAUUUCAUCAUCAAGCCCAUCUGAGACCUGCUAUAGCCGAUUUGGUAGUCUGAGGCGUCGUGAUGGUAAACUCGAUUCCAUUUACUGACUCGAGUUUUUAUGAGUCAUUGUGAAAAAAUGAGUCACACAAGUGAAAUGCCGUUAGAGUUACAGUUGCACAAUUAUUGCCACUUCGCCUGUUUACCUUUGGAAUUUAGCUUGCGGCAGCAGGGCUAAGUGAACAAGUUAAGAGAUGAAUACCCGGUUCAGUAAAAAAAAAAAAAAACCUAAAAAAAAAAAGGGAGUUUUGAACGACUCGAUCAAUACUCGACCAUCUGUAUUUGCUAGUCUGUGUCUUUGUGCAGCACGAUGGAGCUUUUGGUGACUUUUGGUUUAAUCCUUGCUUUGCUGUGCUUGUUUGGCCUCAAAAGUCGCAGGUCUAGUUUGCGUUUACCUCCUGGACCUCUUGGCAUUCCUCUCUUAGGAAGCCUGUACCAACUGGACAAGAAGGCUCCUUUUAAGACAUUUCUAAAGCUCAGUGAGCACUAUGGACCUGUCAUGACUGUGAAUAUGGGAUGGCAGAGAACUGUGGUCCUGGUCGGAUUCGACGCUGUGAAGGAAGCUCUGGUGGACCAGGGAGAGGACUUCACUGGAAGAGGGCCACUUCCUUUCCUGGUCCGAGCGACCAGAGGCUAUGGUUUGGCAAUCAGUAACGGGGAGCGCUGGCGCCAACUGAGGCGUUUCACCCUGACCACCCUCCGUGAUUUCGGGAUGGGACGCAAAGGGAUGGAGGAGUGGAUCCAGGAGGAGAGUAAGCACUUGGUGGCCCGCUUGAACGCUACUAAAGCCUUACCUUUCGACCCCACCUACUUCCUGAGCUGCAGCGUGUCCAACGUAAUUUGCUGCUUGGUGUUCGGGCAGCGCUUCGCCUACGAUGACGAGCACUUCCUGAACCUACUGCAGAUCAUCGCAAAGACCAUCAGAUUCGGCAGUAGCCCCUUUGGCCUGCUGUACAAUGCCUUCCCUGGCAUUAUGGAGAAGCUGCCUGGUCCGCACCACAAAGCCUUUGGCAGGAUAGACGAGCUGAGAGCUUUCAUGAUGGAAAAGAUUCAGGAGCACCAGGACACCCUGAGCCCGCAAUGUCCCAGAGAUUACAUUGACUGCUUCCUGAACAGACUCAACCAGGAGAAACACAUUCCCACCAGCGAGUUCCACUAUGAAAACUUGGUGUCCACCGUGAUGAAUCUCUACCUGGCGGGAACCGAAACCACCAGCUCCACCAUCCGAUUUGGCCUCAGCGUGCUCAUCAAAUAUCCCAAAGUCCAAGAGAGCAUGCAGCAGGAGAUCGACACUGUGAUUGGACCACGUUAUCCCAACAUGGAGGACAGGAAGUCCCUCCCCUUCACAGACGCUGUCAUCCAUGAAAUCCAGCGUUUGAUGGACAUUGUUCCCAUGAGCCUCCCUCACUACGCCCUGAAGGACAUCUCCUUCAGGGGUUACCUCAUUCCAAAGGACACAAUAAUCAUCCCCUUGUUGCACUCUGUGCUCAAAGAGGAGAAGCAGUGGGCAACUCCAUGGAGCUUCAACCCGCAACACUUCCUGGACCACAAUGGCAACUUCAAGAAAAAUCCAGCAUUCCUUCCAUUUUCAGCAGGUAAGAGAGCUUGCGUGGGCGAGUCCCUUGCUCGCAUGGAGUUGUUCCUCUUCAUGGUGUCGCUUCUGCAGAACUUCACCUUCUCUCAUGCUGGAGGACCAGACAAUGUGGAUCUGAGUCCCGAGUACAGCAGCUUCGCCAACGUGCCACGCGCAUACAACAUAAUCGCCACGCCGCGGCCCUGAUUCAGCAAAAUGCCGCUGACUACACUUGAUUUUAUGAAACAAGGAGGAAUUAAAAUACUUGAGGAACGUAUGCUAUGUGCAACACAAUGUUCCACUGUUUGAUUUGAAUGAUUUAUUCACUUACUUUUAGUUGAGGAAUUUGAUGAGGAUUAAGGAUUGAACAUGUUUUGAAACUGUUGUCAUUAAAAAUAGUGUUGUGGUGAUA